CAAAAAACACAAGUAAAGUUCGGCCCUCACACUCUUGGUUCACACUACCUCACUCUUUCUCUCUCUCCAAAAGUGUCGCCGGGAAAUGGCGAGCGCUAAAGACCCAGCAACACCGCCGCAUCCGCCACCGUCAAUAGGUAAGAUCGGCCCAUACACCGUCUUCCUCACUCCACCAGUCACCCCUAAACCCACUUCCGAGCCUCCAGCCGCAAUUCCUGAAACCCCCAAGAAAAGAGCUGUCGUUUCUGCGCCGCCGGUUCAGCCGCCUCCUGCCAAGUUCGAACCAGCCGGUGAUAAGUUCGCUUUCUUCUGGGAAGCCAUCGCUAAAGUUCAAAACGCGCAUGCGAGUGUAGAUGAGUUUAUGGCGAAUUGGUUAGGGUUGAAUCAAUCGAGAUAUCAAUGGGCAUUGGAUGAUUAUUAUGAAUCUAAAGGAGUGGAGAAAGGAGAUGCUCUAACAAAAGAUGUUUCAAGCAAGAGAGCAACUGUUUAAACUGUGGUGUAUUGCAGGAAUCAUAUAUAGAACAGGGGUUUGUACACCCUUUCAAUUGUAAUAUAUACUAGUACAGAUGGUAUUGGUUGAUCUGACAAAGUUAAGGAGUCGUGUUCUGAAAUGAAGGCUGCAUUUUGCAAAUGGUGUUUCAUGUGAUCUUAGGGGGAGAGGCAGUACUUUCAGUGUUAAAUCUAUCUGGCUGUUGAUGUCGAUGGUUCGCCAUGUAUUCUUUUUGUAUCUUUUUGGAUUUUCUGUAACACAUCAUGUUUCCUCCAAAUAUGGAAGUGUUCCUUUGAUAUUCACAUGUCCAGCUAAUGCCUUGUCAAAUUUCAGUGCUUGGCCAAUAUUAUACUCCUUAAUCUUUAAUUGAAUUUGCAUAUUGUAACCA